AUGCACCUGCUGCCGGAGGUUGAUUGCGGUCCGAAGGCGUGGACCGUGUUGAAGGAGCUGCAUGCCCCGACCUCCGUUGUCGCAUUGUUGAUGCUGGAGAGGGAGCUGUCCGCGUUGCGCUUGAGCGAGGGAGAGCCAGUGCAACCUGUUUUGGAUAAAAUGCGCGACCUCUACGCGAAGUUGGCGACCGCAGGAAUCACCCACCCGGAGCAGACCAAGUGCUUGAAGAUGCUCUCACUGCUGCCAGAAUCGUGGCUUCAAUUCACGAGCGAAUUGAGCCUGCCGCAGAACCAGAGCUUGUGGACGCUCGAGUGGGUGCGGACGAAGAUUCUGGAGGACGACUUCCAUCGCCGCCAACUGAGGGGUGGAGACGACGGCAGCAGUGGUUACGGGAUGCAAGGGAGAAAACGUGGCAGAGGACGUGGCUUUGGUGGUGCUGGACGCGGUUCAAAGAAGGACGACGACUCCAACGACCAACAAGGAGGUACCGGUUGGGGUCGCGGUGCGAAAUCUGGACGUGGGGGCAAGUCGGGUGCUGGUGGCAAAAUAAAAGGGAGUUGCUGGUAUUGUGAGAAGGAGGGGCACCCCUGGUUUUUGUGCUAUAAGAAACCCGAUGGAUGGACCCCCCAGAAUCGUCACCAGGAUGGCGGCGCGCGGAGGAACCAGAAAAACGGCACGAACAUGGUCGCCGAUUCGUCCGACAACAACCCGAAGAGCAACGGCGGUGCAGAGAAGAAGAAGGAGCGCACCGCGGGCCAGUUCUUCCAUAUUGGAGAGCAGGGGGAGCAAGGAGACGCCUCUGCAAAGGUUGGAGCAGAGCUGCAUCCCCUGGACUAUUGGGUGUUGGACACGGACGCUGCUUGGACGAUGACGCCGCGCAAGGAGCUGCUUGAUGACGUACGAGCUGCACCGAUCAAUGAGGUGUGCUCUGCCUCUGGACACGCGCUGAAGGUGGCUGGUGUGGGACGAGCUGCGUUCAAGGGAGCGGAUGGCAAGCCGGUGGUGCUGCACGACGUUCUCCUCGUUCCUGAUCUCAAGGCCAACCUCAUCUCCCUCCGUAAGCUUGCCAAGGCUGGGAUCCAUGUGGCAGCUGCCGGCGUUGGCGUGGCACGGUGGGGUCUGCAUCCCAGGGGGAGUGCAACGCUGUUGGAGGGGUUGGUAUGA